UGUACCUUAUUGUGUUUGUUCAAACUCAUCACAAUUUUUUGUGAUUUUAAUGAGAUUUCACGCAUUUAUCAUUAAUUUUUGUGAUAAAACCUCGUCGUUGUUGACAUCCCGCAAUAUUUUUCAUUGAUCUCCGUGACGUGCAAGAGUCAAAAUCCACGAAAAAAUCGAAUCUUCUUGGAAUGUUUAGAUAAAAAAAAGUCAAAAGAUAUCCGAAGAAAGAUACUCAUAUCAAGUGCAACGUCGACAAAAAUGGAUUGUCUACAAAUGAUCUCAUAAAAGGAAGGACGUUCUCGUAGAAGCAGCCGAAUUUUAGUUUUUCUUAAUCUCAUUCACGAAAAGAAGAUGAGAAUGAAUCAAAAAACCAACAACAAUCUCAAAUUUUUGAGUCUUUUCACGCUCACGGUACAAAAUGCCGUGUUGGGACUCAGUAUGCGUUAUGCCAGAACCCGAAGUGGGCCCAUGUUCUUAUCUUCAAGUGCCGUUCUCAUGUCAGAACUCGUAAAGUUACUGACGUGUCUAAUUGUCGUAUUUUGGGAGGAAGGCAGGAGUUUUAAGCGUUUCAAGGCUGCCAUUAACAACACAAUUGUCCGUCAACCGCUCGACACACUGAAAAUUUGUGUGCCGUCGUUCGUGUACAUCGUUCAGAACAAUUUGCUGUAUCUUUCGGCGUCGCAUUUGGAUGCCGCUACUUAUCAGGUGACGUACCAACUCAAAAUUCUGACUACGGCAUUUUUUGCCGUUCUUAUACUGCGUCGUCGACUGCUGCCGACCCAAUGGGGCGCUUUGGUGUUCCUCAUUUGUGGCGUCGUGCUUGUGCAACUCGCAAAUGGAGGUGAAACGCCCAAACCGACGUACGGGAUGCCCGAACAGAACCGCUUAGUGGGCUUUAGUGCGGCAUUGGGAGCUUGUGUGUUGUCCGGUUUUGCUGGAAUUUACUUUGAAAAGAUGCUCAAGGGUGCCGACAUCAGCGUCUGGAUGCGAAACGUUCAAUUAAGUUUGCUCAGCUUGCCUUUUGGACUGAUUACGUGUUACGUGAAUGAUCACGAAAAAAUCGCGGAACACGGAUUAUUUUACGGUUACGACUAUUUUGUCGAUUAUUUGGUUGUGUUGCAAGCAGGCGGCGGUUUAAUUGUCGCCAUGGUCGUGAAAUAUGCCGAUAACAUCCUAAAAGGCUUCGCGACGUCACUGGCGAUCAUUAUUUCGUGCAUCGCGUCAAUUUACAUCUUUGACUUUGUACUGACGUUCCAAUUUGCCGCCGGAGCAGCUUUAGUGAUAUUUUCCAUUUUCAUGUACGGAUACACGCCGAAGAAGCCGGGCGUUGGAGUGCCAAUGAACGAGACGGAAAAACAACUUAUGGAAGCAAAAGUCUAGAAAAAAAUCGUACUUAUAAAAAUAAUUAUUGUAAAUAGCAAAAAAAAAAUCCUCUCAAUUUAUUUACCUUAACCAAUUUACACUGACUUUGUGUAAAAAAAACACGAAAAAUGUCACAAUUUUAGGAUUAAAAGUUUUUUUUUAAGUUUUAAAUUUUAUCAAAAGAGAUUUCGAAUAUCUUGGAAAUAAACUUACUUAUG